AUGCCGCUAUCGAACCUGCAUGAAGGAGAAGCUAUCAAUAUGCACCUUGGCGAUCAUGAUCAACAGGAUGAGUUUCAGCCCUUUCUUAUGAGUGAGGAUCUUGGACAACGGGAGCAGCUUCCCCGGCGACUUCUAGGGCAACUUUCACGAACGUGGCGCAAGGCACAGGCGUUGAUCACCUCUGAGCAUGGCGUCAGUAUCUUCAAGUGUAGCCUUGCAUAUUUACUCGCCUCUCUGGCUGUCUUUAUUCCCUUCAUUGGGAAGCUUCUGGGUCAGCAAUAUGGCAAACAUCUAGUUGCGACCAUCACCAUCUACUUCCACCCAGCGAGAUCGCAGGGCAGCAUGUACAAGGCGCUGAUAUGUGCCAGCGUCGCAUUUCUUUUUGCGACGUUCCUGUCAUUGUCUAGCAUGUGGGUGACAAUCGUCUUUCAUAGAAAGCAUGACUUGAUUGAAAUAGGGCAUGCUGUGGUUCUGGUCGUCUUCGUCCUGGGUGGUUUCGGGUUCAUUGGAUGGAUCAAGCAGAGACUCCAAGACCCGCUCGUCAACGUCGCAUGCUCCUUAGCUUCUUUGGCCUCGAUUCUGGUCAUUACGAAAGAAGGUGCUAUACAAACAGGCGAUCUUUCCUUCACAAAAAUCUCCCAGAUACUCAGGAUGCUGCUUUUGGGUAUUGGCAUUUCAACGGCCGUGUCUUUGACCAUAAUGCCCGUUUCUGCCCGACAUAAAUUACGCGGAGACUUUUCUACUUUGAUGGACCGGGAGCUCAAAACAGCCGACUUCAUCAAUCUUUCUUCACAUCACGACAAGACUUUCGGCCACCUGAAGCAGCUACUAGGCGAAACAAAGCUCGAGCACUAUGUGGCAGGGACGAAUCGAGAGUAUUCUCUCGAGGAAGAACUUGUGCAUUUAAUGCAAGAUAUUACCCAUGGCCUAGGGGGCGAGUCAGAUGUCGUUCCGCCAGCAGAUACACAAGACCUCGACAAUGAAUCUUCAAGUUCGACUUCACAGACUAGACAACAGUCACCUUCGAUUCAGUCUCCGGCUGAAAUCUUCCGGCAACUAACAUCUCGUCUUGAGAUGUCUAUCUUAUCGCUUGCUGUUGCCCUGAAAGAAACGUUCGAGGAAGCUUCUUUUGGACCCGCACCUGACCGACGUCUUUCAGUACGCGAAGAGGUGAUUUCCCGUAUCAAUGAAGCAAUAGACUUAUACGGAGAAUCUCAACGUGCUGCCUUUCAUUCACUUCGACGAGAUUGGCAGAUGAUAUCUCCAACCCAGGUGGACAAAGCCAGCCUGGAGGAAAUUUUAGCUAAUUGUGAAUAUUUUUCCGUUGGUUUACUCAAGCUGAGCGAGCAGCUGCGAUCACUGUUGUUGGUGCUGGAGGAUUUGCAGCUUGAGGUUGAUAAGAGACCCGCCGGGAAGUCUUGGAGCUGGCUACGUUUUUCAUGGUGGCCGUCUCGUCGAGAACAAGUCAUACAAGAUUCAGAUGAAGCGCCUCUGUCGGGACGCAGCCGUGCCGGCGACAACCGAAGCUCUUUACAAGCGCUCAAUACCAGUGGUCAGGUACAAGGCCCACACCGAGGACGAACACAUCAACAAAGAGGAAGUAAGGGCCCUGUGAGAUUGUUUGAUUUCCUACGAAAGGAUGAGAUCAAGUUUGCUCUGAAAGUAGGCAUUGGAGCGGCGCUUUAUGCCUUGCCUUCCUUCAUAUCCGUGACAAGGCCACUUUAUCUAUCAUGGAGGGGAGAAUGGGGUCUCAUCUCGUACAUGUUGGUAUGCUCCAUGACCAUCGGGGCGUCGAAUACCGCCGGGUUUGCUCGUUUCCUCGGUACAUGUCUCGGGGGUCUUUGUUCGCUCGCUGCUUGGUAUCUCGCGGGCGGCGAUGCUUUUAAGCUUGUACUUACGGGCCUUGUCGUUGGGAUCGGCCCCUUCUACUUGAUUAUUGUCAAGGGUCAGGGGCCUAUGGGUCGAUUUAUCCUACUAACCUACAACCUCUCUGUACUCUACGCUUUCUCACAGUCCCAAAUUGAUACUGAUGACGAAGCCGAACAUCUCGAUAUCACCUCGAUCGUUCUCCGCCGAGUCGUCUCCGUCAUUGCGGGCAAUGUUUGGGGUAUCGUCAUUACACGAGGCAUAUGGCCCAUUCGCGCACGAACGAAGCUAGACGAAACCCUACAAUCGCUCUGGCUCAGAUUAGCAUUCAUUUGGGAAUCUGACCCUUUGAACACCAUAUCCAGGGAAGAGGCAAACAUGACUGUUCUUUAUAUGAAUCCUCACGAUAAAGCCGAGGUCGAACACCUUCUCUCUCAGCUUGAGCCCAUGCAAAUAUCCGCACGUUCUGAAAUUGAAUUGAAAGAGCCGUUUCCAGACUCUGCCUACGGUAGCGUGAUUCGUCGGACGCGAGAUAUUGUGGACAUUUUCCAUUCCAUGGACCUGGUCCUGUCUGGGCUAGGUGCGCCUUCAGAAGGGCAGCUUUUACUUCUGCAACAUACUACCACUGCUAGACAGAGAAUGUCUGAUUGUAUCGCCAAUUUACUAACCACCAUAGCAGCGGCUGUGGAGGUCGGACACACAUUCAGCGAUUUCCCUACAAACGUUGACCGUCCCCGUGAUGAACUUCUCGCCCAUAUUUCUCGAUAUCGUCAAGAUAAGCGCGUGUCUGGCGCGACAAAUGAUGAAGACUACGUCUUGCUUUACGCUUAUAUCAUUAUGAGCCGCCAGUUGUCAAACGAAGUGAUUCAGAUCACCACAGAGCUGGCUCGGAUAUUCCCGGCCCCAGAUGGAGAUCUAAUCGGUGCCUUGCGAGUUUGA